CACAAAAUAACUGAGAGAAAAGGCUGGCUGGCAGAGAGCAAAAAGGAGGUACUUUUUGCUUGAAAACUAUCUGGAUCCACAUUUUCUGAACUGGAAGCAAGAGCCUUUAUCCUGUUACAGGAGAAUGGAAGAAACUCAGAGGCUCUGGAGAUGGAAAAAUGGACUCCUCCAAUGCUUUAUCAUGAUGUCUGCUUGGAAGGCAGUUUCUGGGCAGAUCCACUAUUCAAUUCCUGAGGAGAUGCAGAAAGGCUCUUUUGUGGGGGAUAUUGCAAAGGACCUGGGAAUGGAUGGGAAGCAGCUUUCAGACUAUGGACUCCGCAUUGUCCCAAGAAUAGGUAUGAUCCAGUAUUUUGCUUUGAAUGACAACAAUGGCCAUUUACGGAUUUCUGAGAGAAUAGACAGGGAGGAAGUCUGUGGAAGGGCAGAGCGGUGUGUUUUAAUGUUCCAGGUUCUUGUUGAAAGUGAAUUAAAGCUUUAUGGAGUUGAAGUGGAAAUAACGGAUAUAAAUGAUAAUGCUCCCCAUUUCUCUCCAUGGGAACAGAGGCUGGAAAUCAAUGAGGCAACUAACCUGAGAUCUCAGUUUCCUCUUCCUGAAGCUCAAGAUCCAGAUCUGGGUGCAAAUUCAGUGCACAAUUAUCAACUCACAGGCAGUAGCCAUUUUUCUUUGGAUGUGCAAAUGGGAGCAAAUGGUGUUAAACAUGUGGAGCUAGUGUUGGAAAAAUCUCUGGACAGGGAGGAGCAAACAACUUAUGAUCUGAUCCUCACUGCUACUGAUGGGGGUGAUCCUGUCAGAUCUGGUUCAGUGCAAAUCCAAGUCAUUGUUGUAGAUGCAAAUGAUAAUACUCCAGUUUUCAGCCAACCUGUCUAUGAAGCAAGAAUCAAGGAGAAUAUUCCUAAAGGGUCUACAGUUGCUGUAUUAAGAGCUCUUGACUUUGAUGAAGGAGUAAAUGGAGAGGUUAAAUAUUCAUUCAGUAAAAGCACUAAGGAUUCCCAGAUGUUUCUCCUUAAUUCCACAACAGGUGAAAUAAUACUUGGUGGGAACUUGGAUUAUGAGGAAUCAUCCUCAUAUGAAUUUGAGGUACAAGCAAAAGAUGGGGGAGGACUUAAUGACCGGUCAAAAGUUGCGAUUUUCAUUAUUGAUGAGAAUGAUAAUGCACCUGAAAUAGCGGUUACCUUUGUCACCAACUCCAUCCUUGAAAAUUCACCAACCGGAACAGUUAUUGCCAUUUUAAAUGUACAAGAUCGAGAUUCAGGAAACAAUGGGGAAUUCACAUGCUCAGUCCCCAAAAAUCUCCCUUUUCAACUAAAAAAACCUACUAACAAUUUUUACAAUUUGAUUACUGACAGUUCUAUUGACAGGGAACAGGUGUCAGCCUUCAAUAUUACAAUCACAGUUACUGAUCAUGGGAUCCCUCCUCUUUCUACAGACAAUGUAAUAGCACUGCACAUUUUGGAUACAAAUGAUAACCCUCCUGUCUUUGAACAAUCAAGUUAUACUUUCUACUUUGUUGAGAAUAAAAAGAGAGGAGCCUUGAUCUUUUCCUUAAGAGCAAAUGACCUUGACUGUGAAGAGAACUCCAGAAUAACUUAUUCCAUCAUUGAAAGUCAAAUGACUGACUCUCUUCUCUCUUCCUACCUCUCCAUUAACUCAGAGACAGGAACUGUCUAUGCCUUGAGUCCCUUUGAUUACGAAGACUUUCAUGAGAUCCAAUUCCAGGUCAAAGCUCAGGAUGGAGGCUCCCCACCACUCAGCUCCAACGUCUCUGUGACUCUCUUCAUCCUCGAUCAGAAUGACAAUACUCCAGAAAUCUUGUAUCCUUCCCCUCCCACGGAUGGCUCCACUGGAGUGGAACUGGCCCCUCGCUCCUCUGAGCCAGGUUACUUGAUCACAAAGGUGGUGGCUGUGGAUGCAGAUUCUGGCCAGAAUGCCUGGCUCUCCUACCAGCUGAUCAAGGCCACAGAGCCCGGGCUCUUCACUGUGGGACUCCACACUGGAGAGAUCAGGACAGCCCGUUUCUUUCUGGAGAAGGAUGCCCUCAAACAAAGCCUGGUGGUUUUGGUGAAGGACAAUGGGCAGCCACCUCUCUCCGCCUCAGUCACUGUCACUGUGGUACUGGCUGACAACAUCCCUGAAAGCCUCUCAGAUCUCAGCAGCAUCUCCGCUCCUCUAGAACCUGAGUCUGACCUCACUUUCUACCUGGUGAUUGCUGUGGCUUUUGUCUCCUGCUUGUUCUUUGUCUUCCUCCUUGUCUUACUGGCUAUCAAGUUGCGCAACUGGAGAAAUGCACAGCUGUUUGAGUGUGGGAGUGUGAACUUCAGUGGUGUUCCUGUCUCACAGUUUGUGGGUAUUGAUGGAGUCCGAGCUUUUCUUCAUUCCUACUGCCACGAGGUUUCUCUCACCACAGACUCAAGGAAAAGUCAGUUUAAUCUUUCUAAGGCAAAUUAUUCCAAUACUCUGAACAAUCAAGAGACUUCUGAAGUAAAGGAUCCUAUACUAUCUGAUGAGGAUUUAAAUCUGAAUAAUGGUAAUCCAGUCAUAAUCCAGGUGAGCUAA